GAAACAAGUAGUAGCGGGCAAGAGACUGGAGAGUGGCAAGUCGGAGGGGAAGAGGUUGCGACACUGCGACGGAUUGUGGCCAAGAGAGUCCGUGUCGAGUACUUGGUCGAGUGGCAAGAUGAAGCUGGGUUAGAGAACGCUACCUGGGAACUGGCAGAGAACUUGCCAGAGUCCAUCAUUAAUCUCUUUGACACAGGCGAGUCUCUGGCAGAGCUCACUCCACCUGUCCGUCGCCCGCUGCAUCCGCUGUCAAAGGCUGCCUCGCGUGAAGUCCUGCAACAGGCCAUGUUUGUGGUGUGUGACGACGAUGAUGAUGGUGGUAUGAGGGAACGUGAUGAUGACCCUGGAGCGGCGACGGCCAAGACCAGCGACGGCGCAGCCAAUGCGACGGCCAGGCACAGCAAUGACGCCGGCGGCAGCAACAGCGUGGUGAUCAUGGACGACAGCGGCGACGAGGCAAGGGCGGGUGUAGAAGACGAAAAGGCGGCGCAGCAACAGCUGAAGCGGAAGCGCAAGAGCGACCACAAGCAGCGCAAGGCCAAGAAGGCGCUGCGAAAGGCGCAGCGCGACGCAGUCCGGCGGCGAAAGGCCAUGAUGGCGUCGUCGGCAACAUCAUCAAUCGGGUCGUCAGACUCGGAGGAGCCACCGCGGAAGCGGGCCAGAUAUCGGGCGGGUGAGCGAGCCGUCCGGGUCUUCACCUCCACGGCCGAGGGAACCGACAUGGCGUUCCUCCAGCGGCUGGGCACGCUCUCGACUGGCGCCGACAUCUACGAGCUUGUCCAGCGAAUGCACAAGCUCUCGUCAAGCGCCUUUUCCCUCCACACCUACUCUAGCGACGUCACCAUCCACCGCAACGACAAGCACCACCUUCGCGAGUACCUCGCCAAGCCCGAGAGUGACGACGCACUCACGGUUGUCAUUGUCCCGCUCGUCGAAGUCUGCCUCACAUCGUCGACGGGCGCGGCCAUUACCCUUGAAGUCGAGCCUCACAUUGUCGACGCAAUCACGGCGCUCUCGGACGAGCAAAAGGUCAAGCUGGCGGAUCUCCGCCUCGAGGGCAUAAAGUAGUGCCAGACAGAA